AUGGCAAACAAGCAAUCUGCGACCCUGGACCAGCUCCUAGUCCCAUCCAUUCUCCCGCAGGUCUACACGUUCUGGUUUCAGCACAUCUCCUCAGACGAGCGCCUGCUCCUCCCCUCCCCGGAAGACUGGAAGAGAUGGUUCUUCAAAUCCGACGAUUUCGACGCCGCAUGCACAUCCCAAUUCUCGCCCGUCCUCGCCGCCAUCCGCGAGGCCAACGCUUCCGCAGAGGAGCUUCUGUCUAAAUGUCAACCCUCCACCGCACAAGACUGGCUAGCCCUCAUCAUCCUGCUCGACCAACUGCCCCGCAACAUCUACCGGGGCGAAUCCUCCCGCAUCGUCUUUGAAUUCUUCGACCCCCUCGCAAGAUCUAUCGCCCUCAAAGCCGCGGAAGCAGGAUACCCAUCCAGCAGUGGCUGCCCCUUCCGCUACCGCCAGGGCCAGCGCAUAUGGUUCUAUAUGCCCUUUAUCCAUGCCGAGGACCUUCGCAUGCAGGAGCUUGCGCGGGUCAAGUAUGAGGAGAUGGCGGAGGAUUUCACCCGUCUGCUUGACGGGGAUGCGACGGGGUUAUCAGAUGACGAGGCGGAGUGCCGACGUAUUCUCGUAGAGAAUCGGGACAGGCUGGAGGAGCAGCUGAAGCUCCAUUUCCGGGUGCAGAGGGAGCAUUAUGAACCCAUUGAGCGGUUCGGGCGGUUUCCGCAUCGGAAUGCGGCGUUGGGGAGGGAGACAAGCGAGGAGGAGAGGAGGUUCCUGGAGGAGGGUAAGAUGUUUGGGUAG